AUGGCAGCGUUAUCCCUUCCCCGAGUUGCUGUUUCGCGGUCACUGUUGCGCCGAUCAUAUGGCACAGUGCAGAACACAGUUAUCCCUCUUGUUGCAAGCCCGUCCUCCCCGGUAAACAAUGCCCUUCAGGGUGCCUUGUUGGCAACUGGGCCUCGGAUGGACUGGUCCCGCGAGGAGAUUCAGAAGAUUUAUGAUACCCCAUUGAAUGAACUGACAUAUGCGUCUGCCACCAUCCACCGACGCUUCCACGAUCCUGCGGCGAUUCAAAUGUGCACUCUCAUGAAUAUCAAAACUGGUGGAUGCAGUGAAGAUUGCUCCUACUGCGCUCAAUCGUCCCGCUACAACACAGGCCUGAAAGCCACGAAACUCAGUCCCGUCGACUCCGUUCUCGAAGCUGCAAGAGUGGCCAAGGAGAAUGGUAGCACCCGUUUCUGCAUGGGCGCCGCCUGGCGUGACAUGCGCGGCCGGAAGACCAAUUUGCGAAACAUCAAAGAAAUGGUUUCUGGCGUGCGAUCUAUGGGAAUGGAAGUCUGCGUUACCCUGGGUAUGAUCGAUGGCGAUCAAGCAAAGGAGCUCAAGGACGCGGGACUGACGGCGUACAACCACAAUUUGGAUACGUCGAGGGAAUUUUACCCAUCAAUCAUCUCCACAAGAUCAUACGACGAGCGACUGCAAACACUCGGACAUGUUCGCGAUGCUGGGAUCAAUGUUUGCUCUGGUGGUAUUCUGGGAUUGGGAGAAGAAGACUCUGACCGCGUUGGAUUGAUACAUACGGUCGCCACCCUACCCUCUCAUCCUGAAUCAUUCCCAGUCAACGCACUGGUACCGAUCAAAGGAACACCCCUCGGGGACCGCAAAAUGAUCGCUUUCGACAAGAUCUUACGUACCGUCGCGACAGCACGUAUUGUUCUGCCUAUUUCUAUCGUCAGAUUGGCGGCCGGGCGCAUUUCCAUGACUGAAGAACAGCAGGUGACCUGUUUCCAGGCCGGCGCCAACGCCAUUUUCACCGGAGAGAAGAUGUUGACUACAGACUGCUCUGGCUGGGAAGAAGACAAGAAGAUUUUUGACAGGUGGGGGUACUAUCCCAUGCCGCCAUUUGAGCGGGGUCAAUAUCGUGGAAAAGCGACAUCUGAGAAUCCCGCUACCUCUGGAGUUCAGGAACAGCAACAGAUCAAAGAUAAGUCCCAGGCGCAAGCGAAUGUAUAA